AUGUGGUCUCACUGCACUUUGAGAAGACUAUACUCAUUGCUCUCUGCCAAGAUGUUGGUAUGGAAGCCAGCUGACAAGGAUGAGAUUGAGGAUAUGGUCAAGGCCUUUGAGUCUGUAGGAAACUAUGCUCUGGCCCACAACAAGUUGGAGGAGGACACUGCCUUCCCAUUCAUUGCCGAGCAGGACCCCAAAUUCAAGGAGGCUAUCAAGGCCAUUGAGGCCGAUCACAAGAAGUUCACCCAGGACUGGAAUGCCAUCCAACCACAGGUGCAAGCCAUCGCCAAGUUGACCCCAGGCACUGGCCAGGACCAGAUUGCCGCGCUCGCCGCCAAGGUCAAGGAGAUCACCGAGUUUGUCUUCAAGCUGUUUGCCGAGGAGGAGAAGAUCUGUCUGCCAUUCAUGGUCAACAUCCCCAAGGACAAGCAACAGAAGCUUGGCAAGACCAUUGAGGAGCUCUCCAGAAAGGAUGAGAACUCAAAGUUCUUCUUCUGUGCCAUGAUGGAUGCCUCCAAGCAUGACAAGGAGAUGGCCGAGACCUUCAAGAAGGAGACACCAUGGUUUGCCAGAACAAUGUUCUCUGCCAUCUUCCUAAAGAAGGAGUAUGGUUGGUUCCAAAAGGUUGUCGAGAUCUAA